CCCAGCGCCGGUGAGGGUGAAAUUAACCGCUGUAGGACCCUGCUCUCCCAGCGCCAGGGAGGAGGCGGCCGGCAUCCCUUGGCUGGCUAUGGAGGAACAGGACCAUGCCUGUGGCUCCACCUGGGAACCCCCACAGGACAAGAGCCGCCCGGACUCACCUUGGUCAUGGAUUCCAAUGAUGAGAGACCCUGGAUGGAUUCGAAAUGUAUGGUCUUCAAACAUUAAUGCCCAAACCAUGAAUUACGUGGGGCAGCUGGCAGGCCAGGUGUUUGUCACUGUGAAGGAGCUCUACAAGGGGCUGAACCCCGCCACCCUGUCCGGAUGCAUCGACAUCAUCGUGGUCCGCCAGCCCAACGGGAGCCUGCAGUGCUCCCCCUUCCACGUCCGCUUUGGGAAAAUGGGGGUCCUGCGCUCCCGGGAGAAAGUGGUUGACAUUGAAAUCAACGGGGAACCUGUGGAUUUGCACAUGAAAUUGGGAGAUAACGGAGAGGCGUUUUUUGUUCAAGAGACUGAUAAUGAUCAGGAGGUGAUCCCCAUGCACCUGGCCACCUCCCCGAUCCUGUCGGAAGGAGCCUCGCGGAUGGAGUCCCAGCUGAAGAGGAACUCUGUAGAUCGGAUGAGAGGCCUGGACCCCAACACCUCAGCCCAGGUCUUGGCUCCCAGUGAGACCACCUCAAGUGGCUCUUUAGGGAAGAAGAGGAGGAAGAGGAGGAGGAAGUCCCAGCUGGACAGCAUGAAAAGGGAUGACAACGCCAACACGUCCGAGGACGAAGACAUGUUUCCCAUCGAGAUGAGCUCGGACGAGGAGGCCGAGCCGCUGGACAGCAGUAGAACUCUUUCUAAUGAUAUACCUCCAUUCCAAGAAGACGUUCCUAAGGAAAACCUUUCCCCAGUCCUGACCUACCCUCAGUCAGCAUCAUACCCUAAUUCCGACAGAGAGUGGUCACCCAGCGCCAGUAGCCCGGUAGAUUGCAGGAGGCCCCCCCCUCAUCUUGCGGUUGUGGCCGAGGGGGGCCUGUCUAGCUCCUGCCCCCCGCAGUCGUCCCACUUCCACGCUUCGGAAAGUCCUUCAGUUUCCCGGCCUUCAACACCUAAAAGUGACUCAGAAUUGGUCAGUAAGUCUGUGGACAGGACAGCGCAGAAGAGUAACUUAGAGAUGCUCUGGCUUUGGGGAGAACUGCCACAAGCCGCAAAGUCAUCUCCACACAAGAUGAAAGAGUGCAGCCCACUGAACAGCAGAAAAAUCUGUGAUAAGAUGCACUUUCAAGCCAUUCACAGUGAGUCUUCAGAUGCCUUUAGUGACCAGUCACCGACACUGGCCGGGGGACCUCCCACGCAGCCACCGUUAGAGCAUAGCAAGCCGCAGACAGAGAUGCAGUUUGUGAACGAAGAGGACAUUGAGGCCCUGGGAGCAGCAGCCCCACCUGUGCCCACGAUCGAAGAACCCAAACCCCUCUCUGCCAGUGCCGCCCCGGCCGCCAGCAAGGUGGACUCGCCUUCGAGGAAGAAGGACAAACGAAGCAGACACCUUGGUGCUGAUGGCGUCUACUUGGAUGACCUCACAGACAUGGAUCCUGAAGUCGCUGCCCUGUAUUUUCCCAAAAACGGAGAUCCUUCAGGGCUCACAAAACACACCAGCGACAACGGAGCCCGGUCAGCCAACCAGUCCCCGCAGUCCGUGGGCAGCUCAGGCAUCGACAGUGGCGUGGAGAGCACCUCGGACGGCCUGCGGGACCUGCCGUCCAUCGCCAUCUCCCUGUGCGGGGGCCUCAGCGACAACAGGGAGAUCACCAAAGACGCAUUUCUGGAACAAGCUGUAUCAUAUCAACAGUUUGUGGACAACCCAGCCCUCAUCGAUGACCCCAAUCUCGUGGUGAAGAUCGGAAAUAAGUACUACAACUGGACCACAGCAGCGCCUCUGCUCCUGGCGAUGCAGGCCUUCCAGAAACCUUUGCCAAAGGCCACGGUGGAAUCUAUCAUGAGGGAUAAGAUGCCCAGGAAGGGAGGAAGAUGGUGGUUUUCGUGGCGGGGAAGAAACACCACAAUCAAAGAGGAGAGUAAGCCAGAGCAGUGUUUGGCGGGAAAGAGCCACAGUACUGGGGAGCAGCCGCCGCAGCUCGGCAUGGCCACCAGAAUCAAGCAUGAAUCAUCGUCCAGUGAUGAAGAGCACGCAGCUGCCAAGCCAUCAAGCACGAGCCACCUCCCUCUCUUGUCCAGCGUCAGCUACAAGAAGACCCUGCGGCUCACUUCCGAGCAGCUGAAAAGCCUGAAAUUGAAGAACGGCCCCAACGACGUGGUCUUCAGCGUCACCACGCAGUACCAAGGCACGUGCCGCUGCGAGGGCACCAUCUACCUGUGGAACUGGGACGACAAGGUCAUCAUUUCUGACAUUGAUGGAACCAUCACCAGAUCAGAUACUCUUGGCCACAUUCUGCCCACCCUCGGGAAGGACUGGACGCACCAGGGCAUUGCCAAGCUGUACCACAAAGUGAGCCAAAACGGGUAUAAGUUUCUCUACUGCUCAGCACGGGCCAUUGGGAUGGCGGACAUGACGAGGGGCUACCUGCACUGGGUCAACGAGCGGGGCACGGUGCUGCCGCAGGGACCGCUGCUCCUGAGCCCCAGCAGCCUCUUCUCCGCCCUGCACAGAGAAGUGAUUGAAAAGAAGCCAGAAAAGUUCAAAGUCCAGUGUUUGACCGACAUCAAAAACCUGUUUUUCCCAAACACAGAACCCUUCUACGCCGCUUUUGGAAACCGACCGGCUGAUGUGUAUUCGUACAAGCAAGUAGGAGUGUCUUUGAACAGAAUAUUUACCGUCAAUCCCAAAGGAGAACUCGUACAAGAACACGCGAAGACCAACAUCUCCUCGUACGUGAGACUGUGCGAAGUGGUCGACCAUGUUUUCCCGUUAUUGAAAAGAAGCCAUUCGUCCGACUUCCCCUGCUCAGACACUUUCAGUAAUUUCACCUUUUGGAGAGAGCCACCACCACCUUUUGAAAACCAGGACAUUAAUUCGGCCUCAGCAUAAAGUGUUCCAAGCAAUCUCUCGAAGCCCUGCGAGGACCAGGUGCCCACAUUAAAGGAUAGGUUUUGGGACGUGCAGUCAUUUGCUUAAGAGCAGAAAGAAUGGGGAGCCCUUCUCCCCCAUCCCCCUCGCCGGGGUGGGCAUUUCUAAGUGACACACAGAGGGGGCCUUCGUAGGCGAGGGGUCAGGUGCAUUCCUGGUGUGGAAGCCACACCUCGUGGUGGCUUCAAGCCCACUGCAGCACCGCCCUCCCCAGCCCGCUCCAGUCCGGUAGUGGCUGGUGUGCACUGUGAGCUGUGACACUAAGCAGAGCUGGCUGCCGGGGUCCCCCAGAUGAUGGGAUCCGCUCAGGGGUGCCAGGUGUGCACGGCUUUCAGCGGAGUCGGGGCUCAAAUGCACAUGGCGGCCUGUGCCACCUCGGCAUGCAUGACGGGAGGGCUGGCUGGGCAGGGUCCUGUGACCUGAAUCUGACGUGUCAGGAGGGACUCCAGACCUCACCGCUCUGGGCCUUGACCUCGUGGACGUUCCCAUGCAGUAUUUGCCGACCAGUCUAAUGUUUAGGUGGUAAGUUCCUUAAUUUCCUUUGGUUAAAGAUAACCUAUGUAACCGGCAUAUUUUCCCUCAUUUUUCUGUGGCUGAAAGCUGGAAUAUAUAUGCCUUAAUGCAUCUGUGGCAGACGUUUUAUUUAGACUGUGCUUUGUCCAACCCCCUCGUAACUUUGUGAUGCCUUAAGUUCAGAUUAUAGGAAAUAUUACUAAGGCAGUAUCUCGAGUCAGUCCAACACUCGGCCAGCAGUCUGUCCAGCAAGGUGGUGCUGAAACUGUGGACGUGAACAGAGCUUGUGCCAAAUGGUGAUGAUGUCAGCUUCUGUUGGGAGCUCUCAACUGAAACUGGUUGGUUUUAAGAAAGUAGUUUGAAGAAGUUAAAUUAUAUUCUCUGUAGAUAGUAUUAUUUAUUUCUUUAUUCUGAUUGGGUUACUGUUAUAAGCCUUUUAUCUAUAGUCUUUCUAUUACAACUGCCAUUAAUACAUUAAAAAGAUCUACCUGUUAGACCAUCCAAAGAGCCUUAUUCUGUAAUUCUCACAACACUGACUUUCUUUGGGAAUUUAUGAGUAAUGCAUUACUUAGCUUUUCCCACUCAAAUUAAGGGCAAGUGGAUAAGUAGCAACUCAAAUGACUUGCUUUAAGCCAGUAGAAGAUGAUUCUGUUACAUGUUUAUUACAUUGGCUGGCGGAGAGAAUGAUUUGAAAACUGAAAGAAUUAUUUUGGUAAAAGAUUUUGCUUUACUUCUCAAAGUGUUAUUUUUUUAAAGAGCGCUCUCCUCCAAUGACUGAAAUGCUCUCCUAUUUAAAUCGCAUGGUUAGAGUCAUAGGAGGCAAACAACGGAACAGUUGAAUACAAUUUUACUCUUUCUGUGAAAGAAAAUCCGGAGGGGUCGCCUUCUUUGUGGUCGGCGGGCUCUGCUGGCCGUGGACGCCUUCGUCAAGUGGUCUGCGUGGCCUUGCAGAGAAACGCAGACAUCCGGUGUAGCUGACCGUGGACUUGCGUAGAAGCAGGAGGAUGCAUGUGCAGACGCCCUUUUGGAGGCAUUAAAAAUACUUUAAAGUAGUCCCACCUUAACUGCUCCACGCUUGCUCUUUAGUGACCUUCGUUCCUUCUGUCACAAGGGUGUCCUGGGGUGAAUUGUCACUGCUGUGAGCUCACAGGCCUGCAGCGGCCAGCAGUUUCUCCCUUGCACUGGGAGGAAUUUGGCUGCCAGAGUGGGUGGCGUGUCCCUCAUGGCGUUUGCCCUCCGUGAGGACGACCAGCGCAGUCCUCUCUCGUGAAGGAGUGCAACCUUGGACCCCUAAUUUUGAUGUCCCUUAGGCUUCCAUGCCACCACCCUCUGAAACAGAGCAUGCCUUCCAGAAAGUAGCACUCCAGGAUCUGUGUCAGGUUCAGAGUGUGACCCCUGGAGAGGCUGUAACAUUCACUCCUGCCUCGUGGCUUCAGGAAACGAGAGUUGUGCAUGGGCAGCACAGACGCGAAUUUGGUUUAUCUUGUUCAAACAGCCAUCACUCGGUGACCCUGCAGCCACACACCAGAGUGCUGUGUUCGGACCACACAUUUCAGAGUCGCCCUGUGGACAUGAAUCACUCCAUAGUGACAAGUCAUCAAAUGUUCAUCACGUGUGAUCAAGAAAAAUGUAUGCCUGGUCUUUUGGCUGGAGAAAAUGAUUACACCUUCAAAGAGAAUUCCCUUUUCAAUUUUAGGUUUGGAUCGCCACUUUAUAUUUUAUUUACAACACUUGGUCUGUAUUUGUACAUGCUGGUACAAUGAUAAAAAUCACUGUAAUACUUUUUGUGUUGUGCUGGAUGCAAAGCUAGAAAAUAUUGUAAUAAAUGAGACCAACGAAAGACUUCCCUGAAAA